UUUAGUGCCCAAUAGUCUCCGACGAACGACAAGCGAAGCCUGCACAUGCAGGCGGCUGCCCUGCCCCUGCGUCAACCACGGCCCCAUGUUCGUGCUUGUUGAGAGCACAAAGAGCCGCUCCCUCCCUCUCUUCUCUCGCCUCUCUCCCCAGCGCACGCGCGCGGAGGCCGCAUUGUAUCAGCCUGGCGUCCCCCUGGCUGCUCCCGCACACCAAGUCGCCAACAAGCUCCGUUGCGAUUGGAAGCCGCCGCUGCACGCCAGCGCGCCGCUUCAUGCUAGGCGGUCCCGGCCGCCCUGA